UAUCAUGUGUUUGUUUUCAGUGUAAAGACUCGCUGUUAAAUCCAGGCAACUACUGCAUUAUAAAAUCAUAUAAAAUAAUGAAACGCGUAGCAAUUAUCGGUGCUGGCUGUAGUGGACUAGCAGCUAUAAAAUGUUGUCUUGACGAGGGUCUCGAGCCUGUGUGUUUCGAGACAACAAACUAUAUAAGCGGAUUAUGGCACUACACAGAGGAGGUGGAAGAGGGUCAGGCGUGCGUUAUGAAAUCUACAGUGAUCAACACAUCCAAAGAGAUGAUGUGCUACAGUGACUUUCCUAUACCUGAGGAGUAUCCAAUCUAUAUGCACAACAAGUGUGUUGAUCAAUAUUUCCACAUGUAUGCGGACAAGUUCGGGCUCGGGAAAUAUAUCAAUUUCAACACAGAGGUAUUGUCCGUGAAACCAACAGAAAGUUUUAAGACGGACGGAAAAUGGUCUAUUACAACAAAGAGGUCCGACGAGAAAGAAAAACAACAUACAUUUGAUGCUGUUCUUAUAUGUACCGGACAUCAUGCAGAAAAGAAUAUACCGAACUUCCCCGGGUUAGAUACGUUCAAAGGCAAGGUGACGCAUACCCACGAUUACAAGGAUUACCAUGGUUACGAGGACAAGAAUGUUCUGAUUAUCGGUAUUGGAAACUCUGGCGGGGAUGUUGCUACAGAACUUAGUCGAAUAUCGUCUCAGAUUUAUUUGAGCACCCGAUCUGGAUCAUGGAUAUUCCAUCGAGUUGACGAUAACGGGGUUCCCGGGGACAUGAACCAUUCAACUCGCUUCAAUACCAUUCUGUUGCAAAAUUUUCCUAAUUUGAUGCAGAAUCUUGUUAAAAAGAAAAUUAACUACAAAUUUGAUCACGAAAAAUACUGCCUUCAACCGAAACAUGGUAUCUUUUCUGCUCACCCCACAGUGAACGACGAACUUCCAAACAGAAUAAUUUCCGGUGGUGUUAUUGUAAAAGCCAAUGUAGCAGAGUUCACUGAAACUGGAGCAAUAUUUGAAGAUGGUACUAAAGUCGAGAAUUUGGACGCUGUAGUACUUGCUACAGGAUACAUAUUUGGCUUCCCGUUUCUUGAUAAGAAUGUUCUAGAAGUGAAGGAGAACAAGAUCAAUCUGUAUAAAUACAUGUUUCCACCGGAUCUGCAAAAGAAAACCCUGGCAAUUAUUGGGUGUUUCCAGCCACUUGGAGCAAUUAUGCCAAUGAGCGAAAUGCAGUGUCGUGUAGCUACUAGAGUGUUUAAGGGCAUAAAAGACCUGCCGGAUAGCAAUGAGAUGUGGACAGAUAUUAAAGACAAACGGGCUGCCAUGGCGUUGAGAUAUAAGAAAGCAAUGCGACAUACUAUUCAAGUGGAUUACGUUCCAUACAUGGAUGAAUUAGCAGAAAUGAUAGGCUGUAAACCAGACAUAAGGAAACUUAUCUGGACCGACCCGAAACUUGCAACUAAAGUUUACUUUGGACCUUGUACGCCCUACCAGUAUCGGUUAAUGGGACCUGGACCCUGGAAAGGUGCCCGGCAGGCCAUCAUGACACAAUGGGAACGAGUGUAUAAACCCCUGCAGACCAGACCAUGUGUUGGAAAUGAGAGCAAGGGCUUUGGAACAGUAUAUAUGUUUAUAAUUGUGGCCUUAGCUGUACUGCUUUACCUUAUUUUAUAGCCGUACACCUUCGUUAUUUUAAGCAAUUAUUCUAUUGUCAUUCCGUCAUUAUUAUGUAAUGACUACAUCACUGAGUAAAUGGACACUGCUGACUCAAUAGUUUAAUCAACAUUGAUGAUAGUGAUUUUGCUUUUUAUAAAGGUUCAACAUAUAUCUGUUGAUAACAGUUAUUGGCACUGUGUUGUAUCGAAAAGCACGUGAAUUGUCGUAAUUUUAUAACGCCUUACCUGCAUGUACAUACUUGCAAUUGGUAUAUCUUAGUGCGUUUGAAGAUAUAUAUUUAUAUUACAGUGCUGAUACCAUGACAUAUCUUUUUCAAAUUCAAAUCUAUUCACUAUACUCUUGAAUGUGUACUACACUGUAUUCAAAUUGUAAUAAGAUAGUGAAGGGAACCAUUGUUCGGAUGUUACAAUUACUAUGCA